GAAAACAGUAGAACGCUGCUAUUGGUUAGGAGGAGUGUCACUCUGAAUCUUCCCCGCUGCUGAUUGGGGGAGGCAGACGACGGGGCGGGGUGGGCGAGCUCGCGCUGCGGAGGAAACUGACCGCGGGAGCCGUAGCUGGAGCGCCUCGGCUCAUGGAGGAGGGGACCUGGCUGCGCCGCGCUGCAGGCAACAAAACCAAAGAAGAAAACAUCUGAUCCUUCAUUUCUGCUCCCGUUUGGGAUUUUAUUUGCAUCAUCUUUGAGCCUAUUUUUUAAAAAAAAAAAAAAAAAAAAGGGCAAACCAAACCCACACACAACAUGUUGUGCGGAAGGACUUCCACUCCCUGACUGUGCUAUUAAUGUUAAUAAUCGGGAAAAGCCUUUGGGGGCUACAUGAUCUCUCGGCUGAAGCUUGCUGCUGUUGCUGCUAAAGGUUUUGGUGCAGGGAAACAAAACUGCCUUUUCCACCCGCUGAUUUCCUAACAUCUGCAUGUUUCUGCUGCCGCACUCCGUCUCACACCCUCUUCCCAUGGACUGAUAUUUUUGUUGUUGAGGGGGGAAGGACAAGAAACCAAGGCAUUUCUUUGGGAGAAACAAAAUUGCAUUUAUUUGUUGCAUUCUGGUGGAUCUGUUCUGAGAUUAAUCUUUUUGGAAAGGAAAAACAUGACGUCGCCAGCUAAAUUCAAAAAGGAUAAGGAGAUCAUAGCUGAAUAUGACACUCAGGUCAAAGAGAUUCGCACGCAACUCAUUGAGCAGCUGAAAUGCCUCGACCAACAGUGCGAGCUUCGGGUCCAGCUACUUCAGGACUUGCAGGAUUUCUUUCGCAAGAAGGCGGAGAUCGAGAUGGAUUACUCAAGGAACUUGGAGAAGUUGGCUGAGAGAUUCCUGGCUAAAACAAGGAGCACUAAAGACCAGCAAUUCAAGAAGGAUCAGAAUGUCCUGUCUCCAGUCAACUGUUGGAAUCUCCUCUUAAACCAGGUGAAGCGAGAGAGCAGGGACCACACGACCUUGAGUGACAUCUACCUGAACAAUAUCAUCCCUCGGUUUGUCCAAGUCAGCGAAGACUCUGGGCGACUCUUCAAGAAGAGUAAAGAAGUCGGAUUGCAGCUCCAGGAAGACUUGAUGAAGGUCCUGAAUGAGCUAUACACGGUGAUGAAGACUUACCACAUGUACAAUGCUGACAGCAUCAGCGCUCAGAGCAAGCUGAAAGAGGCAGAAAAACAGGAAGAGAAACAGAUUGGGAAGUCGGUGAAGCAAGAGGACAAACAGACUCCACGCUCCCCUGACUCAACUUCCAACGUUAGGUUUGAAGAGAAACAUGUCCGACGGAGCUCAGUCAAGAAAAUUGAGAAAAUGAAGGAGAAGCGUCAAGCAAAAUAUACUGAAAAUAAACUGAAGGCCAUUAAGGCGAGAAAUGAGUACCUGCUGGCUCUGGAAGCCACCAAUGCGUCUGUGUUCAAGUAUUACAUCCACGACCUGUCUGAUCUCAUUGAUCAGUGCUGUGACCUGGGCUACCAUGCCAGCCUCAACAGAGCUCUCAGGACAUUCCUGUCUGCAGAGCUGAACUUGGAACAGUCAAAGCACGAGGGCCUGGAUGCCAUUGAGAAUGCAGUGGAGAACUUGGAUGCCAACAGUGACAAGCAGCGCCUCAUGGAGAUGUACAACAACGUCUUCUGCCCGCCCAUGAAGUUUGAGUUUCAGCCCCACAUGGGUGACAUGGUGUCACAGCUGUGUGCCCAGCAGCCAGUCCAGAGUGAGUUGGUGCAGAGAUGCCAGCAGCUGCAGUCUAGAUUAUCUACGCUCAAGAUUGAAAACGAAGAGGUUAAGAAAACUAUGGAAGCCACACUGCAGACAAUCCAAGACAUAGUCACAAUUGAGGACUUUGAUGUCUCUGACUGCUUCCAGUACAGCAACUCCAUGGAAUCUGUCAAAUCCACAGUCUCUGAAACUUUCAUGAGCAAGCCAAGCAUUGCCAAGAGACGGGCCAAUCAGCAGGAGACCGAGCAGUUCUACUUCACGAAAAUGAAGGAGUACCUGGAAGGCAGGAACCUGAUCACUAAGCUCCAGGCCAAGCAUGACCUUCUUCAGAAGACGCUGGGAGAAAGUCAGAGGACUGAUUGCUCCCUUGCCAGUGGCAGACGCAGCUCUACUAUAAGGAAGCAGGACUCGAGCCAAGCCAUUCCCCUUGUGGUGGAAAGCUGCAUACGAUUCAUUAGCAGACAUGGGCUGCAGCAUGAAGGCAUAUUCAGAGUGUCCGGAUCGCAGGUUGAGGUGAAUGAUAUCAAAAAUGCAUUUGAGAGAGGGGAGGAUCCAUUGGCUGGAGACCAAAACGACCAUGAUAUGGACUCAAUAGCGGGAGUUCUGAAACUCUAUUUCCGAGGGCUGGAGCACCCUCUGUUCCCAAAGGAAAUCUUUCAUGAUCUGAUUGCCUGUGUCACAAUGGAUAACUUACAAGAACGAGCACUACACAUCCGGAAGGUCCUUCUGAGCUUGCCUAAAACCACUCUGAUUGUAAUGAGAUAUCUCUUUGCAUUCCUCAGUCAUUUAUCUCAAUUCAGUGAAGAGAACAUGAUGGAUCCCUACAACUUGGCCAUCUGCUUUGGGCCCACACUGAUGUCUGUGCCUGAAGGCCACGAUCAGGUCUCCUGCCAGGCUCAUGUCAAUGAGCUGAUCAAAACCAUCAUCAUCCAACACGAGAACAUCUUCCCAGGACUGAGAGAACUGGAAGGCCCAGUCUACAGCAGGGGUGGAAGCACUGAGGAUUACUGUGAAAGUCCUCAUGGAGAAACGGCCUCAACAGAAGAUUCAGUUCAGGAUAUAGCAGCUGAGCAUCAUACCAGUGAUGAUGAGUGUGAGCUGAUAGAAGCAAUCGCAAAGUUUGACUACAUUGGCCGAACUGCGCGAGAGCUGUCCUUUAAAAAAGGGGCUUCUCUCCUCCUGUAUCAGCGAGCCUCAGAUGAUUGGUGGGAGGGACGGCACAAUGGCAUUGACGGCCUUAUCCCUCAUCAGUACAUUGUUGUUCAAGACACUGAGGAUGGUUCCUCUGAAAGAUCCAGCCCCAAGUCUGAAAUAGAAAUCAACUCUGAGCCACCAGAAGAAAAAGUGACAGCCAGAGCCGGUGCCAAUUGUCCAAGUGGGGGUCACGUCGCUGAUAUUUAUCUUGCAAACAUCAACAAGCAACGAAAGAGACCAGAGUCAGGCAGCAUCAGAAGAGCGUUCCGUCAAAGCGACAGCCACGGACUGGCUAGUUCAGUGGUGGAACCAGCCUCCCCAGGAGCCACAGCUAGUUCUAGACCCUCAUCUCAGCCCAUUAUGAGCCAGAGUCUCCCCAAGGAGGUACCAGAUAAAUGCUCCAUCAGCGGCCACGGCAGCCUCAAUUCUAUCAGCCGGCACUCAUCUCUGAAGAACAGGAUAGACAGCCCACAGAUCCGUAAAACUGUGACUGCAGGCAGGUCAAAGAGUUUCAAUAACCAUCGGCCCAUGGAUCCUGAGGUCAUUGCGCAGGACAUAGAAGCUACCAUGAACACUGCUCUGAAUGAACUGCGGGAGUUGGAAAGGCAAAGCAGCGUAAAGCACACACCAGAUGUUGUCCUCGACACCCUGGAGCCUUUGAAAACCUCCCCUGUUGUGGCACCCACCUCAGAACCUUCCAGUCCUCUGCAUACUCAGCUUCUCAAGGACUCCGAACCAGCAUUCCAGCGGAGCGCCAGCACUGCCGGUGACAUCCCAUGCGCCUUCAGGCCGGUGAAGUCCGUCAAAAUGGCUGCCCAGGUUAAACCUCCAGCAACGAGGCCGAAGCCUGCAGUUUUCCCCAAAACAAAUGCCACGAGCCCUGGUGUUGCUUCUUCCGCAUCUCAACAGCCUACUGACAAGUCCUGUACUGUCUGAACUAGAAGCCCCACUGUGGAUAUAAUUUUGUUGUUUCAAAUGAGGUGACUAUAUUAAAGACACAUGAAAAUUCCUAUUUAACUAGUUUCGGACUUCUGCUGAAGGUUAGUUUGUAAGUUGUGACUGCCAGGAAUGCUCCCUGGGAGCGAAGACGUUGGUAGUUAAGCCUCGCCACAUGCACACCACAUCAGCGUACCUUGCUUACGAAAUACAGACAGAAAAUAGAACAUCAGGUCACUGUGAAAGUGGUGAGGCCAACACAAAGGACUGAUGAAUUGAUUCUCAGUUUAUAGUUGAUGCCUUGUUCGUGUUUGGCCACUGAGAGAAGUACUCAGUGGUGCCAUGUUUGGGAUACUGGUGUAACGACUUAUAUAUAUUCAAUUACCACAGGGAAACAAUCCAAUAGAUUUUAGUCUACUGCAUGUUUUGGUACCACUAGUUAUGUGGAGCUUGGACAUGCCUGAUUCUUGUGCAUUAUUACAUUUCCAGCUGGUGCCACUGCUGUUAAGGGUCUGUCUCGAUUUCCAUUACAUCCUUUCUCUUUCAGCAGUCUUAGCUCUUAGCCGUGUCAGACUCUCCCCUUGAUUGAAAGUUGUCAUGACAAAUACUCAGCUCUGAAACAUGAGUUCCGUGUUGUGUGUUGGUGCAGAUUUAAAUAAAGCAAAUCUAUUUCUGAGUUUUAGGAGGGGAAAAACAUAUAAUUGCUGAGUAUGGCCACCGUGCAAUUGUUUUGGUGCUCCCGUAUUUAAAAGCAGGUUUGUUCUUUUAAAAUGAAACUUUCAGGGCGUUGGACUAUAAUGCACUGUGUGCUGUUCAGUGGGAACUUGGAAGGUGGAAUGUAAAAAGGAGUUACCUUCUGAAAACCAGCUGCUGUGCUCUCACAAGAGUGGCAUUUCCUAACCUGAUCAUAAGUUGAGAUGGGCUGAAACCGAAACCCCAGUUCUGAACAUCCCUAAAUCUGGAUUCUGAAAGUCUUCGCAGCUUGGCUCUGUUUUUGAUUAGUAAACACUUCGUUCUAUGGCUCUCAUGACUAUGAACUAUUGUGGAGGACCCUGGCGUAAAGAGAGUGGUGGGAACAUGCUCUAUGGGUGAUUGGCAGUACAGUGUCCAGCUCAUAAAUUGCUUAAAAACAUAUUUCUACGAUAAAUCGUCAUGCCUCCAAGCGAUUCAGCUGACAAAUUAGUGACUUCUUAGUAUAUAUGUGUGUGACAGACUGUGACUGCUUCAGCUGCUAGCAGGCUAUAUGGACUCUUCUGUACUUUCAUGGCAAUAUAUUUUCCGGAAUGCUAGCAUAUGUUUAAUGAAUUAAAAAAAGGGGAGGGGGAGGGCAUAAAGGCACAUGCUGUGUUCAGGUCAUGGGUCUCACAGCCCCACCAGACCAAGGGAUCUUGCAACUGACUUUCCAUCCUUACCUUGCCCAUCAUGCCCAAAUAUUGCUGGAGUCUGACUAGCCCUACCGUUUCUGUUCUCGUAGUUACUCAAGCAAGAACGACAUAAGGAAGGUGACUCUCCCCACUCUAGUUGAGUGUCCUUUGAUUUUUGUGGGCCUGAAUCACACCUGAACUUUGUGGUUUAAUGCAGAUGGUGAUUUUUAACGAGCAUUGUAAUAAAAACAAGCUAUGUUGCUCUCUAAGAACGAGUUGGCCUUAAACAUCCACUUCUAAUUCCUUUUAAAGGAGGUUACUUGGAUAGACCCUGUUUUUCAAUCUCUUUGAAAGAGAAGAAUUUUUUGUAUGCUUGUGUAAAAAGGACUGAUUUUCUCUGUGACUUAAAUUAUGGAGACAUGAGAAGUUCAUGGACUACAGGAGAAAGAAACCCCUGAAAAAGAUUUGUUGGGACCAUUUUAAUUGUUUAUUUCCUUAAUUAACAUUUAACAACCCUUAUCUUUUUGGAAACACUGCACUGUGUGUGUUACUUCUGUCAGAUCUUAACCUGUCCAUAUCAAAGGGAAUGAAACCCAACUCUGUGACCAGCUCAUUUUCUCUCAGGUUCAGGUGGACUUCUAACACCAAGGAAUCUCAGUCUGUUUUUGGAAACUAAUAAUUUUAAAAAGCAGCUAGUGAUUUAUUUUUCACUCAGGCAAAGCUUUGUGGCAAAUAUUUUAUUUUGGGGGGAUCAUGACCAGCCAAAGGGAAUGCAUGUCACUAUGCAGGGAAUGAACAGAACAGGAUCUCUUGGUAAAUUCAUUUUCACUCACUCUUUGCAAUGCCUUAUUUUUUUAGUUUAUUUUAUGCGUUGCAUUCAUGUUAGCAAGGGACGACAUCCAGCCAUACAAGGCAUCUUAGGACAAGAUCUCAUGUCUUCAAGGCUCACAAAAUGAGUGGAAAUAAGGUUUAAAAAAAAAACAAACUUCAGGUUACUCGAACAGCCAUUGUCUGCAUAUGGAAUUACUAUGCCAAUCUCUCACGACCACAACACUGGGAAGAUCCUACUGACAAGAGGAAUAAGAACUUAUAAUCAAUAUCCUGUGCAAAUCAACUGGAAUUUCAGUAUGCACUGUGACUUACACUGAAAACGUACACCUAGCAACGUGGCAGUCUGAAGGGCAUCUUUUCUCUUCCAUGUUGUCUGGGCCUAUCUAACCAGCAUGAAACACAUAGACAAGUCACAAGUGGUUUUUCUGCUUCAUGCUAUGAACUCUGUGGGGCAGGAGGAUAGUUUGCCACAAAGCAUGACUACCAUUUGUUGAGAGAGGGAAAACUGGAAAAGACCGUGCCCGGAACAUGUCCACCGGACAUCCUACUGAAGAGAUCAACAUGGCGAGGAGAAACAGGACACUGUGUGUUGGGUGGGGAGGUUUCUAUGUUACUUCACAGAAGAAAUAUUAGAUCUUCAGAAAGAUGCAGUUACAUGUGUGUGUCAGAUUAAUGGUAUAUCCCUUUAAAGAAAAGAAGCGUUGAUAACUGGAAUAAUGUAUGUCUGCUUGGUAAUACUCUGUAAGAACAUAAAUCUGUCACUUAUCAAAUGAUGGAUUAGAAUAAUCCAAAGCAAAACUUUUAAAAAUAAAACACAGUUUCAGGUGA